CGCCGACUCUCUGGCUCUGGCUCCAUCUCCACCCUCUCCACCCCCCCUCUCGCCCUCCUCGCCAGCCAUGUCGGUGCUCGGCGAAUCCUCCGCGGCAGCUGCAGCAGGCGCCGGCCCGUCGGUGGCCGCGGCGCAGGCGAGCCAGAGCUUCAUGAUUGCCCCCGACCACUCGGGCGCCAAGCUCAACACGGCCGACUGGCCGCUGCUGCUCAAGAACUACGACAAGCUGCUCGUGCGCUCCUCGCACUUCACGCCCAUCCCGCACGGCUGCUCGCCGCUGAAGCGCGAGCUGGCGUCGUACAUCAAGUCGGGCGUGAUCAACCUGGACAAGCCGUCGAACCCGUCGUCGCACGAAGUCGUGGCGUGGAUCCGGCGCAUGCUGCGCGUCGAGAAGACGGGCCACUCGGGCACGCUCGACCCCAAGGUCACCGGCUGUCUCAUCGUCUGCAUCGACCGUGCCACGCGCCUCGUCAAGUCGCAGCAGGGCGCGGGCAAGGAGUACGUGGCCGUGCUGCGUCUGCACGAUGCGCUGGCCGACGUCAAGACGCUGCCGCGCGCCCUCGAGACGCUCACCGGCGCCCUCUUCCAGCGCCCGCCGCUCAUCAGUGCCGUCAAGCGCCAGCUGCGCAUCCGCACCAUCUACGAGGCCAAGCUGCUCGAGUUUGACAAUGAGCGCCACCUCGCCGUCUUCUGGGUCUCGUGCGAGGCCGGCACGUACAUCCGCACGCUCUGCGUGCACCUCGGCCUCCUGCUCGGCGUCGGCGGACACAUGCAGGAGCUGCGCCGCGUGCGCUCCGGCGCACUCAGCGAGAACGACAACAUCGUCACGAUGCACGACUUGCUCGAUGCGCAGUGGCUCUACGACAACCAGCGCGACGAGUCGUACCUCCGGCGCGUCAUCCGCCCGCUCGAGUCGCUCCUUGUCGGCUACAAGCGCAUCGUCGUCAAGGACACGGCGGUGAAUGCCGUGUGCUACGGCGCCAAGGUGAUGAUUCCCGGCCUGCUGCGCUACGAGGCCAACAUCGAGGUGGGCGAGGAGGUGGUCAUCAUGACGACCAAGGGCGAGGGCGUGGCGCUGGCCAUUGCCCAAAUGUCCACUGCCGACCUGGCCACCGUCGACCACGGCGUCGUGGCAAAGGUGAAGCGCUGCAUCAUGGAGCGCGACACGUACCCGCGGCGCUGGGGCCUGGGGCCCAAGGCCCUCGAGAAGAAGAAGAUGGUCAAGGCGGGCACGCUGGACAAGCACGGCAAGGAGAACGACAAGACGCCAAAGACGUGGUCGGCCGCCUACGUCGACUACUCCAACGUCGACGAGGCCGCUCCUGCCGCUGCUGCUGCCGCGCCUGCUCCGGCACCCGCUGCGACGCCCGCGCCCGUGGCGCCAAGCACGCCGGCGCCGACGCUGAAGCGCAAGGCGGAGGACACGCCUGCGGGCGCGAGCGAGGCGGGCGGCGCCGCCAGGGAGGGCGAGACGGAGGAGGAGCGCAAGGCGCGCAAGGCGGCAAAGAAGGCAAAGAAGGUCGCGGCUGAGGCCGCGGCGGCGGGCAGCGCAGAGGCGCCGGCGAGCGAGAAGAAGAAGAAGGAGAAGAAGGCGAAGGAGUAAUGAGCGUGCGGCGCUCGUUCGACCUCCCCCCACACACACACCAUCAUCACGUUCCCCGCUUUGCACCCUUCGCUCCUCUUGUACUCUAUCUCCCGUCGCGACAAUCUGACUGCCUUCACAUCCAAG